CGCCUGCGGACCCGGCCAGGGCGCCGGCGCCGCGUUCGCCGCCGCCUGUUUCGGGAUGCACAUGGGCGGGCCGCGGCUACUGCUGCUGGAGCAGCCGCAGGAGCGCUUCCGCUUCCGGUACGAGUCCGAGCUGGGCGGCACACAUGGACAGCUGGCCGGCCGGAGCGGCUCCGACCGGCGCUCCUUCCCCACGGUCAAGCUGGAGGGGUUCCGCCAGCAGGCCGUCAUCCGAUGUGAACUGUUCACGGUGGAGGAGGCAGGGUCCGGCGGGCAACAUGUGCCGCACGUGCACACCCUGCAGGGCCGUAACUGCAGCGGUGGCAUGGCCGAGAUGCGUGUCGGUGCCGACAACGAGUACACUGCCAGCUUCCAGGGCCUGGGCAUCAUCCACACGGCCAAGAAACAGAUGGUGGAGAAGAUCAUGCGACGCAAGCUGGACGAGCGUAAGAGGCUGGUGGAGAGAACAAACCUGGGGAAGCUGUGGACGCCCAGCGAGGUGGACAAGAUGGAGGCGCAGGAGCAGGCCACGCAGGAGUCGCAGCGAAUCAACAUGAACCGGGUGUGCCUGCGGUUCAGAGCGCUGUUUCAGAACCCGCACACCAUGGAGUAUGAGGAGAUCUGUGCGCCCGUCUUCAGCGACGCCAUCUACAACGGCAAGUCGGCGCAGACGGGUGAGCUGAAGAUCGUCCAGCUGUCGGAGGCGUACAGUCCCUGCACCGGCAACAAGGAGAUCUGGCUUCUGGUGGAGCGUGUCCGAAAAAACGACAUCAAAGUGCGUGUGUACGAGGAGAACGAAGAGCACUGCGAGAUCUGGUGCGACUACGGGCGGGUGAUCAAGUGCCACCACCAGUACGCGAUCAUCUUCCAGACGCCGCCGUACCGCAACAAGGACCUGCCCAGCCCCGUUCGCGUCUUCAUCCAGCUUGAGCGUCCGUCGGACGGCUGUGUGUCCGAGCCCAAAAACUUCCAGUACACGGAGCGUGACCAGCGCACGCCCAAGCGACUGGCGGUGACGCAAGACCACUCGGACAGCAACAAGCGCCAGGCGUUCGACGUGGCAGGAGGUUCAUGCGCGGGAAGGUCAUUCCAGUUCGAAGUACCACAAUCUGAACGCGAGCUAAGAGAGACUUUCUUGCAAAUGGAACAAGCGAACUACUCAGGCUUUCAAAGCCGAGUAAUGAUGGAGCAACAACAGCAGCAGCAGCCGCAGCAACAGCAGCCGCCACAGCAGCAACAGCAUCAACAGCAGAUGCGAAACCAGCCGCAGGCGGCGCCGUAUUACUUGCCGCCGUCUUCAUACCAACCAUCGAUGGGGACGGAGCCGCAGCUGUACGAUGCCACACUGCACCAGCCGUCGUACCCACAGCCGUCUCCGCCCAUGGGGGCGGAGGCGCAGCUGUACGAUCCUGGACUGCACCAGCAGUUCUCUCAGCCGUCUCCGCCGGCGCUGCUGCCGAAUCGCGACCCGCGUCUGUCGUCCGCCGCCCCUCGUACGUCGCACAGCGUGGAGGACGUCAUGCUGGACAAUAUCCCGCUGACAGUGCCAACGCUGGCCGUGCCGCAGAGCUCGGCGUCGACGACCAGCCCGAGGAUGGCCUCUCACGGAGGCUUCCGGCCGAUGGAUGCUCCUGACGCGUCGGUCAUGGGAGUGCCAGGCGAACAAGUGAUGGAAGGGGUUCUGGAUGGCAUCCUCUCGGGAGCGCAGCUUCAGGAAUUUUUGAACGCGCUGCCACCAGGCAUCAUGGAUGACAGCUGUCCCCAGCCACCUCGCCGGAACCACGCCCCCCCGCGGCGACUCCGAGUUCUCGGUGUCCUCGUCACCAGCCUGUGUCUACGUCCACAGCUGGCCUACACCAACGCCAACAGUCUGUACCUGUUCGCGGCGACCGGAGAAGAGAACUUCCUUCUGGAGAACUACCGUUGUCUGGUCGGCAUGGAGAACCUGGACGGCGACAACGUGCUGCACGUGGCGGCCAUGUUCCGCCGGUCGAAGGCCAUGGCCAGCCUCCUGGAGGCCAUAUCGGGGGUGCCUCCUGAGCUGCGAGCCGCCAUGAUCAACAGUCCCAACGCCGACCGCCAGAGCCACCUGGUGGACCGGGCCGGAAACACGGCCCUCCACCUGGCGGCCCAGGACGGCGCCGACGUGGCCGCCCCCGACGACACCGAGGGUCGCUCGCCACUGCACAUGGCCGUGGAGGCGCGCAACCCGGACAUGUGCCGCCUGCUGCUGGACAGGGGCGCCGCCGUUGACGCGCUGACCUUCGCUGACGUCACGCCGCUGCACAUCGCCUGCAAGCUGGGCGACCGCCGCCUGGUGGCGCUCCUGAUAAGCGCCGGUGCCGACCCACGCCGCCAGAGCGUGGAGCGCCAGAUCCCGGCCGGCUCGGGCACGGAGAGCGAGGAGGACGAGGCAGGCGAGAGGGAGACCGACGAGGCGGAGGAGAGCGCGCCGCGUCUGGACGCCUUCCUCUACGCCGAGAUGGCCGGAGACUCGCAGCCUCGGGUGGUGCGUGACCGUGACCGUGACUACGAAUGUCUGACGAACCGUCGCUCUACCGUGACCGUGACUACGAAUGUCUGA